UCAAAUAUUAUACAUUGUCUGUGAUAGUUAAAUUUCUUCGUUGUUUUAUCCUGAUGAUAUAAGGGGCAGGUAAUAGCUGUCUGCUCCUCCGGUGUAUGGUCUUCACAAAUGACGUGUAGAAAUUAUGUUUGCAAGCAGAUAUGGUGAUUGAGAGAAGGAAAAAUCGGUCGAAAAUAGACAAGACAUUAGACAGAACUAAUUCUGUCAGCGAAAAUAUUAUUGAAAGCUCAAACAUCGAAGAAGAGUAUUCGAAAAAAGAGAAAGAAAUCUUAGAUACUUUAUCAAGCAAUGAUGUAGACAUUGAACGAUUAAGAAGUUUUGCUGUAAGUCCAGGUGGAUUACUGAAUGAUGAUAUACGAAAAGAGGUUUGGCCAAGGCUGCUUGAUGUUGAUGUUACAGACAUUCCAAAGAAACCUCCCGAGGAGGUUUUACAUGGACACAGAGAUUAUACUCAGGUUGUGAUGGAUGUUAAUCGGUCCUUGAAGAGAUUCCCCCCAGGUAUGGAGGAGGAGGUCCGAAUGUCGUAUCAGGACCAGCUAGUAGACUUGAUCAUGAGGGUUCUAGUGCAGCACGAGGAACUUCACUACUACCAAGGCUAUCAUGAUAUCUGUGUCACAUUUCUGCUUGUUCUGGGGGAGGAUCUAGCCUUUGCUGUCCUUGAUGUUUUAUCAUUACAGCAUCUCAGGGAUUUCAUGGAUGUCAACAUGGACCGAACAAAACAUAUACUCAACUACUUGUACCCUAUUGUGGGGAGAGCCAGUCCUAAAUUACGACAAUUUAUGGAAGAAUCUGAAGUAGGAACUGUGUUUAGUUUAAGCUGGUUGAUAACAUGGUUUGGUCAUGUCCUUGGUGACCUAGAUUCCAUUGUGAGGCUCUAUGAUUUCUUCAUGGCCAGUGCUCCACUAAUGCCAAUUUACAUGGCAGCCUCUAUUGUUUUGUAUAGAGAAAAGGAAAUUCUUGCAAGUGAGUGUGAAAUGUGUACCUUACACGGAAUGUUAUCACAUAUACCUGACAAUCUGCCUUUUGAAGAAUUAAUUGUCACAGCCAAGGAUCUGUUCUCAAAAUGUCCUCCCAAGAUUGUUGCAAAAGAAGCUGCAGAGAUUCAUGAGCAGAAAAAACUAGCUUUAUCACAAUAUAGAAGAAAAAUCUCCCAAAGGAACAAGAUUCCUCAGAAGGAUGGAUUAUUAAAAAGCCUGAUGGUCUUGGAUGGAAAUCGGCUGUACGUGAAAGUGACUUUGUGGACACUUGUUGGAAUCAUCACUGCAGCAGGACUAACCUGGCUCAACCACUAUGUACAUGAUUAGAAUCCAGGGAAUACACUGCUGUCUAAUGAAUUCAAUUUGAUGUGUAUCUUUUAUGUACUGAAACACUCUUUAGAAGACAUGGUUGGAACACAGUGGUAAUGAUGCUGUCUUGCUGCUGAUGCUGUGUACUUAAUCAUGGAUCAUCUUCAACUUCAGUUUCUUGGAUCAUGAUCAAUUUCAACUUCAAUCAUGUAUAAAUUACUCAGUGUAUAUCUCUAUGUGUUGAUUAUGAUUAGUCCCAUAGUUAGUUGUUAUUUAAAGUAAGUUAAACUAAAUCAUCAAAUAUUCUGACUGACAACUAUCAUUGUUGUGUCAUUUUUUGUCAUUAUUUUGACAUAUCUGUACAUAAAUGUCAACAGAACGCAUGUACCCAGUACUUUAUAUGUGAAGGUGUUCAGUUCAAGCUGUGUGUUCUAGUCCUCUAAGUUAUUUACUGUUUAAUGCCUUAUUUUUUUUUUUACUUUGGGGCAGCAAUAUCAUGUACAUGUAUAUCUUCCUGCUCAUUUGUAGUGCAUUUUUUUUUAUUUUUAAAUGAAUUGAAAUGGAAAAUACAUGUAUUAAGCAACAUACAGUAACUGAGCUGCAAUUGUCUCAAGAAAUUUUGUUACAAUGGUUGAAACCACAAUUUUCAAAGAUUAUGUCCCAUAACUGCCAUCUUUGGGGGGGGGGGGGGGGGGGGGGGGAACGUUGAUUUUUCUCAGUAGCAAUUUUACUUGAGGAGUUCCUCUCAUUUGACAUUAAAAACUUGUAUUUAAAUUGCCUCCACCCAGGGGCUACCCAUACAUUGAUAGACAAAUUUAAAACCAGAGAUUUUUUAUCAUUAAGAUGCAAUGUUUGGAAGCAGAAAGAAGAGAAAUGUUGGAUAGAUUACCAUUUUGACUUUGUGAUGUUGACCCUGCAAAGAGAACAACUUAAUUUGAUAUUUGCAGAGUGUGAAUUUGUGCAUUUACACCUGUACUUUGUAAACUGGACAUCUAUGUAUCUUUGCUUUUGUAAUUUGUUGCAUUGAUAAGUUUUGGAACACAUUAUUAUUUGACAUUGGUAGUUUUUCCUGUCUGCUGUAGCUGGUUUUUACUUCCUUUUCUUCUUUUUUUUGUACUUUACAGACCCCCCCCC